UGUUCUUUUUAUUAUUGCUCUCGAUUAUUCCCACCGCCUUCUCAACUCCCAAUUACAAGUGGCAGACUGGCAAGCGCAAGCGAGGAGUGAGGAGCUCCAAACCAAACACCAAGCGUCCAAGCCCUACCGGGUUCUCUCGCCAGAGCUCCGAUCCGUUCGCCGCUCCUCCAUCCCCUCCCCCCAGGAGGCGAUACGGACGAUGAGCUGAGCCAUGGGCUGCUUCCUCACCAAAGAAGCUGCCUCCCCGCUCACCCCCUCCGCCCUCGGUAGACGCCGCCGUCGCGAUAAGGAGAUUCCUGCAGCGCCAGUUGCCUCUGGAGGCAACUCCCAGGCCACCCUGUCCAGGAUCGACACCGACAACACCGCCGCCGAGGCCGAUGACCACGACCGCAAGGAAGACGCGGAGCGACCGGAUGGACAACGACUGACACGGCGCAGACGCAAGAAGCUUGAUCCCAGGUUGAGUAACCUCCCUGGGCAUGCACAGGACGAGCAAGUGGUCGCCGGGUGGCCCUCCUGGUUGUCGAAUGUUGCUGGGGAGGCCAUUAAGGGGUGGACGCCCCGCCGCGCUGACACCUUCGAGAAAAUUGACAAGAUUGGACAAGGAACAUACAGCAAUGUCUACAAGGCCAGGGACUUACUGACGGGAAAAGUCGUGGCUUUGAAGAAGGUUAGGUUUGAUAACAUGGAGCCAGAGAGUGUGAAAUUUAUGGCGAGAGAGAUCCUUAUCUUAAGGCGGCUGGAUCAUCCUAAUGUAGUGAGACUGGAAGGAUUGGUGACAUCCAGGAUGUCUUGUAGUUUAUAUUUAGUGUUCGAAUAUAUGGAGCACGAUCUUGCUGGACUUGCUGCGAGUCCUACCAUCAAGUUCACUGAGCCCCAGGUGAAAUGUUAUAUGCGGCAGUUAUUGUCAGGUUUAGAACAUUGUCACAGUAAUGGUGUGCUGCACCGAGACAUUAAAGGUUCUAAUCUCCUUAUAGAUAAUGAUGGGUUAUUGAAGAUUGCUGACUUUGGCUUGGCUACGUUAUAUGAUCCAAACCAUAAGCAUCCCAUGACCAGCAGGGUGGUAACUCUUUGGUAUCGUGCACCAGAGCUUCUCUUGGGAGCUACUGACUACAAUGUGGGUAUAGACUUGUGGAGUGCUGGCUGCAUUUUGGCGGAGUUGUUAGCUGGAAAACCUAUUAUGCCUGGAAGAACUGAGGUUGAGCAGCUGCAUAAGAUUUUUAAGCUUUGCGGUUCCCCUUCAGAGGAGUAUUGGAAGAAGUCAAAGUUGCCACAUGCUACUAUUUUUAAACCCCAACAACCAUACAAACGUUGCAUAAAGGAUACAUUUAAAGAUUUUCCACCAUCAUCAUUGCCAUUAGUUGAAAAUCUUCUUUCCAUUGAUCCAGCCGAGCGCUUAACAGCCACUGAUGCUCUAAAUAGCGAAUUCUUCAAUACUCCACCAUAUGCGUGUGAACCAUCAAGCCUGCCAAAAUAUCCACCAAGCAAGGAGAUGGAUGCUAAACUGAGGGAUGAAGAAGCAAGGAGGUUGAAAGCUGCUGGUGGAAAAGCCAAUGUUAAUGGAGUAAAGAAGACACGCACGCGGAAUCGAGCUAUGAGAGCAAUUCCUGCCCCUGAGGCUAAUGCUGAACUCCAAGUCAACAUGGAUAGGUGGCGUAUGAUUACUCGUUCUAAUGCAAAGAGUAAGAGUGAGAAGUUCCCACCACCACACCAGGAUGGAGCACUUGGUUAUCCUUUAGAGGCAUCGCAUCACAUGGACCCUUCAUUCGAUCCCCCAGAAGCUUCAUUCAGCACAGUAUUUCCCUAUCAGAAAAGUGAAGUUGCAACAUGGUCUGGACCUUUGGUCGACCCAGUAGCUGUAGGUCAUCCCAGACGAAAGAAAAAAACUGCAGUGAGUCAUAUGUCAGGUAACUUAAAACAGCUUUCUGCUGCUGAUCCUAUCAAGGAUACACAAAAAGACUUGGACAUCACUCAAAUUAGAUGAGACGCAGGCCAUCUGAGCUGGUAAGUUGUUAAUUACUUGAGCAUUUUCGAAUGUUGGUGCAGUUAAGAACUCCACUUAAUUAGUUGCAGACUUAAAGUAGCAUCCUUCACCUUAUUCGAUCUCGCCGAUGGCCCUGUUGUCUUUUGUAUUGAGAAGAGUCUGUUGGCACUAUGUAUAUUGUUGUUCUUUUCUUUUUUUUUUUUUCUCUUCUAUUUUGAUUCCCUUAUUAGAACCGGACUCUAGCAUUAAAUAUCGAGUUAAUUGUCUGGAAUCCUGUAAUUGUAUUUAUGUUCUCCUUGCUCUUCUACUCAGGCUGUUUUAGAUUAAUGUUCAAGUGCUGUUAGCGAAUAUGUAAUAAACCCUAUUCAAAUGCUGGGAUAGCAUCUUAGUGUAAUAUCUUUUAUUUGUAA